CAUGCGAAUCCUAUAGUUUCACGCCUCCCAAUCCUAUCAGGAACCCAUGGCUAAGGGUCCACUCUAAGCCUCAGGCCGCCCGGUUGAAUCCCCCCAUUGCUGUGUUGACCCACUAUGCCCUGCAGUAGCAUCACCGCGUCUGCGGCCAUCGAUUGCCGCUCGAGGUUUUCGCCGGCUUCCAGCCCAGUGCAAGGCUACACCUUGCAAUGCUAUCGGCGUGUGGCACAGUGUCUCAAGUGGACUCUGUCGGCGCUGCAUCCUACAAGAGGAAGCAGACGUUGGCUAAGGCGUCUUCUUUGAGAUGGUCUCCGAGAUGAGAAGAAUAGUUCGUGGCAAUGCGAAGAGAAUAGUAAGGGGAGCAAUGGGUAUAUAUGAGGCCCAGGUCAAGUCUCUUGGUAUCCAUCACUACCAUCGAGUACUUUCACGACAAGAUGAGACUCGUCGACAACGCACCCCUCCUUGGGGCUCUACUUCUCGCUCGUCUUGGGGAUGCCAAGCAGUGUUACCGUUUGCCAAGUGAUGCUGAUUGGCCAUCCACUGAGGCAUGGUCGACCUUGAACUCGACUGUAAACGGGAAGCUUGUGGCUACUGUUCCUAUCGGGUCGCCUUGUCACGAUCCGACAUACGAUGCCGAUGCUUGCGACGCAUUGAAGGCAGAAUGGCUGAACCCUCUAACGCACACCCCGUCCUCCCACUCUAUCAUGCAAUCGUACUUCGCCAACCAGAGCUGCGAUCCAUUCUCCGAUAGGAGCAUCCCUUGCACUCUUGGCAACUAUGUUUCAUACUCUGUCAAAGCCACUGAAGCAGAGGAUGUCAUCUCUGCCCUCGAGUUUGCGAAAGCUGAGAACAUCCGUGUUCUUGUUCGCAACACUGGGCAUGAUUUCUUGGGACGGUCUACCGGAGCUGGUGCUCUUGCCAUCUGGACGCAAAGUCUGAAGAGCAUCACCUUCGGUGACUGGUCGGAUGAGCACUACACUGGCCCAUCGGUCACUGUUGGUGCCGGUGUCAUGGGCAACGAGUUGCUUGAGGCAGUAAACAAGCAGGGCAUGACCGUCGUGUCUGGUGAAUGUGCUACAGUUGGCCUGGCGGGUGGUUUCACCCAAGGCGGUGGCCACAGCGUCCUCAGCACUGCCUUCGGUCUUGGUGCCGACCAGGCCUUGUCCUAUGAGGUCGUUACUGCUCAAGGCAAGAUGCUCACUGCCUCAGCAACCGAGAACACUGACCUGUACUGGGCUCUCAGUGGCGGUGGUGGUGGAACAUAUGCCGUCGUCCUCUCGUUGACAGUAAAAGCAUACCCAGCCAAGCGGGUUGGUGGUGCUGCCAUGCAACUCCUAGCGUCAUCUACCACCCCCGAGAAAUACGCAGCAGCAACUGCCAAGCUUAUCGAGCUCCUACCAGGCAUGAUCGAUGCCGGUGCCAUGGUGGUCUUCCUGGUCAGCACUCAGUACAUCGUUAUCAAGCCCGUCACGGUUUGGGACUCAACAGCGGCCUACGUCAAGGACGUUGUACUCGCACCUUACGCCAAAGCUCUUACAGAUCUUGGCAUUACGCCGCCAAUUGUCUACAGCGAGCUGUCCUACCGCGACCACUUCGAUCGCUACAUGGGUCCUCUCCCACGUGGAGCAUAUGAAGUCAACAGAUAUCAAUUCGGUGGCCGUCUUAUCCCCCGAGAUGUGGUGGAGAACAACACUGCGGAACUCGUCAGGGUUUACCAGGAGCUUGCUGCCGAAGGUGUCUUGCUUGCUGGUAGCUCAGCUAACUACCAGAAGCCCGAGGGAGCCGCCGACAAUGGUGUACUACCAGCAUGGAGGAAUGCUAUGAUUCAGCUGCAGCUUAUUACCAACUGGGACUCCACUGCUCCUUGGGCCGACAUGGAGGCUGCCCAGCAGAAGAUGACCAAUGUGCUUAUGCCCAAGAUCGAAAAGAUCACGCCGGGCAGUGGCUCAUACCUGAAUGAAGCCGAUUUCCAGCAGCCGAACUGGCAGAGCACAUUCUUUGGAGACAACUACAACAAGCUGAAGACUAUCAAGAAGAAGUACGACCCCCAGGAUGUAUUCUACAUCCUCAAGGGUGUUGGUAGCGAGGCUUGGAACGUCAGCAAAGAUGGACGCAUGUGCCGUGCCUAGAAAGAAGGCGUAGCUUUACAGAAUUCUUGUGUAUAUAAUAUAUUACCUUGAACUUCUUUUAACUAAAGAACGUAUACAGG